CGCACUUAUUUUUUCAUCACUCGCAGUCAGAGUAAUGCCUCCUGGUCUGUAGACUAGUAGUAGUGCUGGUACAGACAAGUAUUAUGGUUAUGCGGCAUUUGCUGGUCCAAGCUGAAGUCCAUUCGAUUCAUAUCGCCCUGAACUCAAGUCACUACACUCUCUGUCGGUACUUGUGCAGGUUCUGAUGUUUCGAUUCUAGUAAUAAUUUUUAUUCUUACCGGUACCUCUCCGAGGAUGUCCUCCCCCAAACCGGACGGUACUUCACACGUGAGUGCGCCAGAUACUGCGACUGGUGCGCAGGAUUCGCGUACAACUUCAAGCGGAGACAGGCGCUCAGUUUCGGUGACCGGGGAUUCGUUAGACAAACCUGUCCCGGUCACCACUGUAGAUCGAACAGUCACUGCUAGUGCUACAGACCAACAUGUAUCCGUCACGUCCACAGAUCAGCCAGCACCGGCCAGUACUCCGGAUCAGGUUGUCCCCAUCGUCGCCGAUAGUGUCCCGAUGUCACUACGGACCCGCAGCACACUGGACAUCCUCUCUCUGGCCUGCAGUCUGCCCCAUGUCAAUCAUGUCUUUGAGAAGCUGCCGCAGCUCGAGAACAGACAGGCACACACACUUGCAGUCACCCUGCUCAGCCGUUACAAGGAACAGGGAGAACAAUACACGUCAUUGCUGAAUGACAUUGCAGCUGGCAAGGUGGUGGACCCACGAGACCGAGCACUGACCUUUGCCCUAAGCGGUGGAACUUACGGGGUAGUGCAACAAGGCACGAGAAAUACGGUCAACGUUGACGGAAACCUGGUGCAGGAUGAAGACGUGUCCAUUAUGCAGCAAGGCGUCGACAACACACUCAACAUUAACGUCUCCAUCGACGCAUUGUCCGUUGCAGGCGGGGAAGGCUAUCGUCCUGCAUCCACCAAGGAUGCACGCGAAUCGAUCACGACCGAAUUGAUGCGCUUUGUGCAGCGCUUCUCCAGAGGUGGUGGACUAGGCUCACAGCAGGAUCACUCCUCACCAGUCACUGGAACACCAGUGGACGACACUCCUGGCGAGGGAGAUGCGAACGAUCGCGGCAACUACACCGUCCGUCCCUCCUCGCUCUUCUCCCUCGGCCAGAACUGCAAGCAGGUGAUGGAGAGGAUGCUAGGACUCGGCGAUGCCAGCCCGGUGAAAGUGAGCAACGUCCAAGCGCUAGGCGAGGAUCGCAUACGCAUCACGUUGACGGAGAAGGACCCGGCACCAGCUUACUUGGGCAAGGCAGCCGACCCGUCGACCCUUGUCAUACUGAAGCUGCGCGGUCCGCUGCACGAGUUUGAUCAGAAGAAGGACCUGUUCCGUCUGCAGACUGCCGGCCUGCUGGGCUGCCUGCCCGACGCCAUCAGCUUCAUUCAGGCCACGCGCUCCGGCAGCGUGCGUAUUCUGGUCGCCAUGCCGACCAGCUGCUACGCACGUCUCCUGCAGCUGGCUCUCUUCCAGCCGUCCGUGCUCCGGGCCCUCGGCAUCUUCUGGCUGCAGCCCGUCUGCUUUCCGGCGUCCAUCAACGUAGCUGAGGCUGUCGACGUGACAACCGUGACUAGCAUACUCGGCCGUGCGUGCUGCCACGCGAUCUGUGACAGCCUAUACGACGCGUAUCAGAUAAGUGCCGAUCAGCGCGUCGGCUUGUCCUCGCUCUCGCUGGUCUCUCACCUUCACGACCGGCUGCUCGACGCGCAGAUUCCCGCCGACAAAGUCGUCACGGCAACCAACGAAGCGCACGCCAAGCUCGCCCGUUGCCUGGACGACAUUCGGCAUGCAAGUCCCGACGGCGCGGACGAUGGCAGCGGGCAACACCGCCAGUGCAUUGCCGAACUCCUGGCACUGGAGUUUGAGACGGGACGAGCGCACCGCGGUGUUGAUAUAUCCGCUGUGGCAAAGACUGUGCUUCAAUCGUUCCUAGGGAGCCGUGACGUUCACCUUCUGUCGGCGUCAGCUCGAUCCACGGGAUCCAGUGACAACACGCACAGUGUGUCAUUCCUGCAGCUUGCUUCACCGUCAUACAGGCCUAUCAGUACAGAGGCCAAGGAGGCCCUUCGGCUCGACACGCACGCACUCAGCCAAGAUGCUGCUGCGGCUCUGUCCGCUAGCCUGGCCAAGUGCCUGGCCCAGCUCUGUGCCGUGCAGGCAAGCAACGUGUCCGUCUGCACGCUGCCGCAGCCUCAGGCCAGUGCUCAACCCGGCUCCGCAACCGUUACUAGCGCUGGCACCACCACCACCGCCACCAUGACGGGUGCGUCAGCUCCCGGACGAUUUCUUGCCAUUCUGCCGGCCAUGCUUGCACGCUACAUUGGCGAGCAGUGUCGCAACAAGGACAGUGAGGUGUACAAGACUCUGGCACAGCAUGGCGUGUUGUCCGUUAAUCGCCUCCGUGGUCCGCAGAUAACGCUCUCUCAAUCUGGUGCAAGCCGAUCCUCCAUUGGCCAGUCUCUGCGCCGUGUCUUCUCCAGGCUCGGCAGGAAGAACACUUCCGGCCAAGAUGUUGUGGACGCUAUCUCGGCGCGGCGGGAGGAGAUCGUCAACUACCACUUCCCGUCGGUGACGACAGCUGCGCGGUUUCACCUGGCCGGACUGCGUACGGGAGACAUUGGCCAGCUGAACAUUGCAGUGGUGGGCAUGCAAGGUACAGGGCUUACUCUAUCUGUAGUCAGUGUCGCCUCGGGAAAUUCUUCAUCAUUUUGCGAGAACUGUGGCAAUACGCACAGUGAGAAGGCAGAUUUUGCCUGUGUCUAUGGUGGAGUAAUAACUAGGGCUCAGACGGUCACGGUUUUACCCCUAACGGUUAACUGCUAAGCUAACGGUCGGUUU